AUGCUCUCAUCAUACGCUAUUAUAGUAAUGACAAUCUGGACCUCUAAGGCUAUAUCUUUUGUGGUUUAUGCUCUGUUGUUUGUGCACGGCAAACGUGAAUUCACCUAUGUUGUGAAGGAGGAGUCAGAGAAUGGGACGUUUAUCGGAAAUAUUUUGGUGGACUCCGGUCUAGUCGACGUCAUUUCAACAAGCGACGAAAUAGGAAUCCAACUCUACGAGGAUCAGGCAACUGGGCUGUUCCAAGUCGACGGAAAGUCUGGAAGACUUCUGGUAGCCGGUCGGAUCGAUCGAGAAGCCAUUUGUCCUCAGCGUGGAGGCGUUUCGGAGUUCAACGUUCAAGGCACCUUCCACAACGACGAUUCAGGUGCCUCCCCAGGCGACUGCCAAGUUGAUUUCAUCGUUCACAUACCUCCAGAUCACUGGAUUAACGUCGCUGUUGUUGUCGAAGACAUAAAUGAUCACUCUCCACAUUUUCACCAACCCUCUUCCAGUCUUGUUGGAGGACAAUCGAGCUCGCCCUACAUUCUGCACAUUAGUGAGGGUGUCAGCAUCGGUUACGAGGUUCCACUCGUGGGGGCGGUGGAUGAGGACUCGGGAGUUAAUGGGAUUCAGACAUACAGUUUCCACGAAGUUGACUUCGACAAUGCGACUUUCGGCGUGAAAUUCCAGCCCCCUUACGAGCUGAACUUGAUCGUGCAAAAGAAGUUGGAUUACGAGAAGAAAUCAGCCUACAAGGGACUCUUGAGGGUCUCGAUUUUCAUCAGCGAUGUCAACGACAACAAGCCAGAAUUCAAGAAGGAUCUUUAUGAGGUACGAAUCUCUGAGGCAACGCCAGUCAAGUCGGUAAUAAUUGCCGUCACCGCAACGGAUGCUGACUCGGGCAAGUUUGGAAAGCUCAAUUACCGAUUUGGUCAAACCUACGAUCAGAAUGUUGGCGAGGUGUGGGUUAGAAGCCCCUUGGAUGCCAAAGUCGUGUCGCAUUUGAAGGUACCGGUUAUCGCGCGCGAUGGAGGCCCCAUACCAAAAACCGGCACUACGCUGUUGCAGAUAGACAUCGAGGACGUCAAUAAUCACUCACCAUGGAUUGAACUCUGGGUGGAAGAAAACCAGCCAGUUGGAACUCAAAUCGGCAUAAUCCUGACGGGCGAUAAAGACGUCGGGUCUAACGGCGAGGUGUCGUGUUUGCUUAGGGGAAACACUUCGCUUUUCCAGCUGCGUCACUCGAAUUCCGGUCGUGAACGCAAAAUGUACAGUCUCCAGUCGAACAGCCGAUUCGACUUAGAAAGCAUGCACCCACACUCUAAACUAGCCCUGCAAAUUGAAUGUACAGAUUAUCCUGCGUACUUCACUCAAGAUCAGUCCAAUUUCUUGGUCCACAUUCCUGAGGACGCUAAACCUGGUUCUCUAGUCGUCCAAGUUCAAGCAACUGAUCGUGACGCCACGCCACAAAUGCAAUACGAGUUAGUCGGAGAGGCGAAUGAUUUAUUUCGAGUGGAUUCGGACAGUGGUCGUGUGUACUCGCUUCACAAGUUUGAUCGAGAACAAGUUGGACGAAUAAGCUUUGGCGUGCGAGUAGUGGAGAAGGACUUCCUAGAUUCGAGGGUUCUUCCAGCUGGUCCAACGGUCGCAAAUGUAACACUCCUCAUUGAUGACGUCAACGACAACAGUCCCGUGCUGGAGGGCAGUCGAGUGUUCCAGGUCUUCGAAAAUCGACCUGCAUAUUCCGAUUUGAUUGGCCAACUGACCGCCUCUGAUGCGGAUGCAGGCGAGAAUGGGACACUGCGGUUUUGGCUUUCAAGUAUAAAUUCCUACCAGACAAAUGCCACAUUCGAUGUCAACCCGGUUUCAGGUAAGAUUUACGCCAAAGAAGUACUCGAUCGUGAGACAACUGCUCAAUACCAACUAGAGAUUGAAAUCUCUGACUUGGGUAGACCCUUUCCGCGACAGACCCUGGAAAGAAUUUUCAUCGAUGUGAUGGAUGAGAACGAUAACAAACCAGUGUGGAAACCUCCUCUUAGUUUGCACGAAGGCAUUGCGAUAGAGGAUUUAUCAAGCAUCACCAUGAUGGGCAGUGAAUACGCCGACCGCGCAGGAAUGCCGUGCGUUGCUUUUGUGAAUAUCUCUCACCAGGCGUCAGGGCAAGAUCACAUCAUUAAACUUGUGGCCACGGAUGCUGAUUCGGAGCCAAAUGCUAAUCUCUCCUUUGGCGUCAUUGGCGUGAACUACUACCAUGACAAUGCCUUCGACUUCAGUGACCCCGACGUAUUACAUCUUGCAGAAAAGCCCCAACCCCUGGAUGUGUCCAGUCACUUUCGGGUGAGUUUCGCGACGUGGGUACUAAGUGCCGUCCGACCACCACAAAGCGGACUCUAUGAACUGACUGUCCGCGCCUCCGACAAUGGAAAUCCCCCCCUGAAUUCCAACGCCCUGAUGUACCUUCGAUUUGAACGCGGUGGCACAUCCGUUGCUGGUUUGUUCGGCAUCACUCACAGAGGUCGAUUCGCUAUCCUAAUUCUGGUCGUAUGCCUCCUAACUUGCUCCAUUCUGCUCCUCUUGAUCGUCUGUCUAGUCCGAAGUAGAUUAAAGCGUCGAAAUAGCGGUGAAGGCGGCAUAAUUGCCACCGUGAACGGGGAGAAAGUCAGAGAGGCGAACCAUCUUUAUGGUCCCUGCUCAAACAUUGAGAGGUGGCAGGGGAAACAGGUGUUUCCGCCACAGACCCCCUUCAUGGGAUCGCUGGAACUCUCAGGCGAGAUGUCAACCUCCUUGGUCAGAAGCACGACGGACUGCGACACCAGCAACUGCGUGCAGAUGUCGCAUACGCAGUGCCGUACGUGUCCUUCCGCGACCAGUCUUCCAGUGAGUCAAUUUCUUUCCUAA